CGGUACCCACAACGGAUAACUGUGUAAAGCAGUAAUUUGUUUUUGGCAUCUAGCUGGAAGGUGAACAGGUAUGAUUUUUGGUUAUGUUUACUGUACACAUUUUGUGAUUAUUUUCCAUUUGUUUUGUGUAAAAUAACAAAAUAUGUUUCUGUUUGAAGUUAUCCAACAAUCUAACGCUACUAGCUGAGGUAAAGAAUGAUUAUAUAUCAAAAAAGAAAUUAUUGUAAGUUUGUUUUUAUGCUUUUCUUCAGCUCUUACGGUGUGACUGUGACUGUGGAGUAAAUAAAUGGGUUGGAAUACCCCAUCAUAGUCCAUCAGUUACUAUCAUUAAGUCCAUCGUCUGAAUCAAGUCCGGCUGGAAUGCUACACCCUCCAAGACCUAUUAUUUGAUAAGUUUAACCUUUCUUCUCAUCUUUUUAUGGACUUUUUAUCGCUACUCACAAGAUAUUAUCCGAAACAGCGCUUCAACAAUGUGUUUUGACGACAUGGAACUUACAAUGGAGAAACAGACAAAUGUAGUGGAGGCUAAACAUCGUUCCAACAAAGUUAGCUGGAGCAUUGAGAACCUUUCAAUUCCAAAUGGACUAAUUUAUCCUCAGCCAAGCACACAGAAGGGACGCACUGAUGUGAACUGUGUGACAAACUGGAAUGUUCCACUGGUCUGGGAGGGGACCUUUGAUCCAAUUGUUAUUGAUGCAAUCUACAAGAAAACCAACCCAAGAGUUGGAGUGAUGAUUUUCGCUGUUGGCAAAUAUACUGGUUUUCUGAAAGGUUUCCUGGAAACGGGUGAAAAGCACUUUCUUACUGACUUCAGAGUUACAUACUACAUCUUUACAGACAAUGAAAAGGAGGUUCCUGCAAUUGCUCUAGGUAAAGGCCGGAAAAUUACAGUUCUUCCUGUCCCUUCAGCCAAACGCUGGCAGGAAGUGGUGUUCGGCAGGAUGAAAUGGGCAACCAUCACUAUCGACAAACAGAUCCGCAAUGAGGCAGAUUAUCUUUUCUUGAUGGAUGUUGACAGUCUUUUCCACAAUCGUAUUGGAGCAGAGUCUUUCAGUCGGCUGUCUGCGGUCCUUCACCGUGGAUACUACAAGAACACUGAAAGAGCCAAUUUUCCUUAUGAGCGACAUCCUGAGUCCAGAGCAUACAUCCCUGUUGGGGAGGGGGACUACUACUACACAGCAGCUGUCCUGGGGGGAUACUUAGAGGACAUCUAUAACCUUGUCAGGUACUGCUAUGAACAGUCGGAAGAAGAUUCCAAGAAUAAGAUUGAGGCAGUUUGGCAGGAAGAGAGCCAUCUCAACAAGUACCUUCUAUACAACAAACCAACCAAAGUUUUGUCUCCAGAAUAUCUGUGGUCUGAUUAUGAUGCGGUACCAGCAGAUAUUAAAGUUGUCAGGAUCUCCCAGUUGAAGAAGAACUAUGCAGAGGUCCGACCCAAUGGUGGACAUUAAAGUUUUGAACCACAAGAGUUUUUACAUUUUGUUUUACGAGAACUCAGGGGCAUUUUGUUUCCUUCUGUCUUUAGACCCUACGUUUAUGUAUGUCUGAGUGUUUAGUGUUAUCUUAAAAUGUCAGAUAUUUUCCUACUUUAAUUCAAUAUUCUUAGCUUUCAUUUAACAAACUAUUUUCCAAUUUUUUCCCUCUAAUCCUUGUUCAAAGAUUUUCUUUAAUGUAGUCAAAUUUUCUAUUAAAGUUGACUAAUUCCAGUUUAAUCAUACAAUAUUUUUACUUUUCGUUUGUUUUAAUUGUGGUGACCUGGGGGGUUAUACUUCAGCCUCUAUGACUCAUGGGAAGUGGGGAAUCUUGGGUGAAAACCAUGAGUGAGAGGGUUGUGAGCAGAAGUUAGGUGCAUGCCGUUUGACUGUUGUGGUUGAGUUCAAAUAAAUGAGUUUCUGGAAGAAUAUUACAUAA